CCGCUUUCAACUUUUCUCAGACGCAUACAGGCGGUUGCUGGCGGUCGGUUUGUUGGGAGUAACUCGUGGAAUACUUUCCUACCACUGACCUGGAGAUCCCAUUUUCAUUUACAAGCUGCAAGGACUGAAAUAUUUUAUUUCCCUCAAAGCAUUAAAAUCAACUUAUCCUUAUCACAAACAAACGCAACUUCCGAAGUAACCGCCAGCAUCCCAGAAUUCCUCGCGUAAUCCCCAAAUAGCAUCAGUUGUAUUCUUUCAACCUUUAAAAAUGUAAACAGGAGUGGGCUCUUUUUUUUUCAAGAAAAUUGGAGGUAAAUAUGCUUUUAUAAGGAAUGUGAAAUGUUUUAACUGGAAGUGUGUGACUGACAUUCAAUUGUUGUUUUUGUUUUUGUUGCUGCUCAUCUAGUGUUUGUUCUAUUGUGUGUGUCAUCUUGUGGAGUGAAAUGACCAGAAACAAAUAAUUUUCCGAAUCGGCGUGUCCUUCCUUUGCCGCCCUUGUUAUGCAUUUACGGGCAGAAUUUCCACCAAUGAAAUGCAAAGAAGUUAUUCAGUGUUGAUUGAGUGUGCGACAGUAACUCUUCACACUUCAUAGAUUUUUCUAUGAAAGAGUAUUCAAGCCGGGAUUAGUGUUUAUUGGAAGCUAUUCAAAAGUGGUAUUAUUCACAGUUUUCAGCCAUGAACCACGUCACGGUGGGAAAUAAAUGAAAAAAGAAGAAUUAUAUACGCCGUCUGACUGUAGCUCAGGCUAGUUCUAUUUGCAUUUCACAUUAGCGCUGUGUCGGAAUCGGCAGUGUUAAAGCAUAGCUCCUGUUCAGUUAAAGUAUAUCAUACAUAUGAAGCACAUGUUGCAGCUUUUGUUUAACAUAACAAAUAAUUUUUCUAAUGUACACAGUAUGCUGAUUGGCUCUCAUAGAUAACCAAGAAUUUAUUGAUUUAUCAUACUUUCUCAUCCUCACAAAAUGUUGAAUCAAAUUUUAUUCUGUGUUUUUCUCUUUGUUUGCGCUCAUGGUUCUGCCGAAGUUGGAACACAUCAAACAAAGCCAGUGCAUUCUGUUCCAAGAAUUGACUUCUAUCCACAAGAAUUAAAUGCUGUUAUUGAAGAAGACACAAGACAUGUUUCAUUUGGAAUCAGCUGGGAGAAUUCAACCGAUCCUUUGCUGUCUGAGUCUCUUCAGGAUUUUCACGGUGAUUAUCGAGUUACAGUGAUUUCUGAAGAUACGAAUAUAUUAGAAAUUGUGAAUUAUUCGUACCCCCAGUGCAUAAGAUCCAGGCAUGAACCGAAGAAUUUCUCUUUUACUGUUAAAGGGGUUUUUCUUGGCUUUACAAAAGUUAGGGUCAGUCUUCGAGCAGCUGUUAAAGGAUGUGCAGCUGCUAAAAGAAAUAGGACUUUUUCAAGUCCGUUGGAAAAGACAAAGGAUUUUGAUUUGACAGUGAGUGUGAUUAGGGCGCCAUCAUUAUUAGUUAAUAUUGUAACUGGUGCUAUGGCAGCACUUGUUGCUUUUAAUUACAUCAAUAUGGGUGUCCAACUAGAUCUCCUGUGUAUUGCAAAAGUAUUGAAGAAACCUAUAGGCCCUGCCAUUGGAUUUGUUUGCCAGUUUCUAUUCAUGCCUUUAGCUUCUUUUGGCAUCAGUAUGUUGCUUCUGGAAGAUGCCAGCUUGAGGUUGGGGCUAUUCACUCUGGGGUGCUCUCCUGGCGGUUCUAUGAGCAACUUCUGGACUCUGCUCUUCAACGGCGAUGUCAACCUCAGCGUCACUAUGACCUUCAUCAGCACCAUUGCAGCACUGGCAAUGAUGCCAUUAUGGAUCUUUACUCUUGGCGCUUCUCUCUUCCGGGACCAUGAGGCCACCAUCCCUUAUAUCAACCUUGCGGGUUCCUUAGUCAUCCUUACCUUUCCCGUCGGAAUUGGUCUUUUGAUCCAACAAUACUCUCCAAGGCUGUCCAAGAUAUCCCAGAAAAUCAUCAAACCUUUUACUCUCAUCUGUGUCCUCGUUGGUAUCUGCGUCGGACUCUACGCCAAUAGUUUCGUUUUUAAACUCUUCACAUGGCAGGUGGUUUUGGCAGGAAUCAGCAUCGCUUGGGGUGGGUAUAGCUUCGGUGCUCUGAUGGCCUGGCUGUUCCGGCUAGAGAAGUCUCAGAUCAUGGCUGUCUCCAUUGAGACAGCAUUCCAGAAUCCAGCUGUCGCUUUUGUGAUGCUUGUACUGUCGCUUCCUCAACCAGAAGCCGAUUUAGCAUCAGUGCCUGUCAUCGCCCAGUUGAUGUUGACUGGACUUCCUAUGUGGGCAUUGCUUAUCUUGACCAGAGUCUACAAGAAUAUGAAGGUUUGUUGUGAAGAAGACGAUGAAAUAAUCGAGAAACCAGAGAUAGAUACUAUACACAAGGCGUACCUCGCAGUGGACACUAAUCCGCCGGAUGAUAGCGAAACUGUUGUGUUGGAACCACCGAAUAAUAAAGUUAGAAUUGUUCGUGUAUCAUCUUAGUUUAAACGUGUUAAUGUGAUAUUGUUACUUAGUUAAUCGUUUUUGUAUGUUUUUACAUAUUUGUACAAUUUUGAUUUGUGAUUUGUUAGAUAAUGUAUGAGCAUUUAAUGUAAAUUUCGCAUUUUUGUGCUGUUUUUUUUAUUAAAGACGUAGAUUUUAAGCAUUAAUGGUUAAAAGGAAAGCAUUUUUUUCGAUAUUAUUCUUUCUUUGGCCCUCACAAUCAGGAAAAUUUAUGCAAAAACGUGAAAAAUAUUUUGAAUUGUGAAAUACAAUUAAUUGUUUUUUGUUCUAUAAUACAAUUUCGAUAAAUGCUUGAAUAGUUGAAAUGAAAAUAGUUUUAUAAAUGUAAUCUUUUAUACUGUGCUUACAAUCAAAAACUUUAAAGUAAAAACUCCAGAUACAUAAGAAAUUGUUAAAUACAUUCAUACAUUUUUAAAUUCAGAUGUUCAAUAUUUUUCUUGAAUACUGUUUAAUUGUGGUAUAACAUGACUGUUUACUAAAAUUCUAAAACUUGAAUGAAAUUUAAUUGGAAUUUAAGAAUAUUUCAUAUUUGAAUUUUGUGUUCUGAUUUAGAUAAAUUUUGCUUUUUAUCCCAUGGUUUUAGAUUAAUAUUGUUUUUACCAUCAUUCAAGAAUCAUUUUGACAAGCUUUUGACUUUAGAAUAAUUUAAUUCAUGAUGAUUUAAUUAUUUCAAUUGCAGACAGGCAGAAUAAUGACACAGUAUAGACAAUUAAAGACUUUUGUGCUAAUAAAUUAAAAUAAACCAGAAACAUUACUUGGAUGAAAUGUCGGAUUUAUUAUGUUUUCACUGAUGAACACCUGUUGAAACCUGUCUGUAAUAAUUUUUUAAUUUUAGAAAUCUAAAAAAAUAUUUCAUUAGUGAACAAAGUGUAAUAAUAGAUUGCUUAAUAUCACUUUUUUAUCCUAUGUAUCAAGUUCAUCAAUAUUUUUUACAAUUGUUAAACAGUUUAUUACAAUGCUUUCAGAUUUUUAACACAUUUUUAAUUGAAUGCAGUUAAAAAUGGUUGAGUAAAAGUGUGAACUGAAAUGUUAUUGUAUAUUAUGCAUUACUUUAAAAAGUCAUUUAUUAAAAUAUAUUAUGUAAAAUUUUAAUGGAAUGUGUAGAUGAACAUUCAAUUUUGUUGAUUUAAAUGACGAAUGAACCUUUUUUGGGCCUUUAUUUGUGUAUUUUUGUUUACCGAUUCAAA